AAUACGGGUAGGAUAUUAUGAACCCGUGUUUGUCGGCAGUGUGCCUGUGCCGCCGUGCCGCUCUGCUACGGUUUCUUUCGGUCUCUGGCAAACUCAUACCUGCUAUUUGUAAGGAAUUUAAAAAGUUUAAGGACUUAAAAUAUCUCCUAAAAUGUCCAGUGACAUGGCAGUCGACAUUAACAGCAGUCUGGUGGCCGGCUAAAGCUAUUAGCUCUUCUCAGCUGAGUGUCUUAAGGGAUCUACUCCUACAUAUUAGACAUCUUGCUUUCAACCUUCACAGAAGACACCAAAGACACUGAAGACACUGAAGGCACCUCUUGGAUUGGGUUCUAGCAAGUGGCGUCUCUUUUAAGAGACCCUGACUCUUCCAACCAUGGCAAACCGGGACAUAAACGAGAACACCCCUCUUUUGGACAGCUCCCUGUCUCUCACCAGGUCAGAGUCCAUCUUCAAAGGGAGAAGAUUGGCAUGUGCCGCCAUCCUUCUGGCAGAGUCUCUGGAGCGAAUGGCCUUCUACGGCAUCACCUCUAACCUUGUGCUCUUCCUAAACAGCAGCCCCUUUUACUGGGAGGCCACCAUGGCCAGUCAGGCCCCUCUGGUGUUCAUGGGAGUCACAUACUUGAUAUCUCCGUUUGGAGGCUGGCUGGCUGACGCGUUCCUUGGCAAGUUCUUGACCAUAGCUUUGAGUCUGGUUCUGUAUUUGACAGGGAUGCUGCUGUUCCCAUUUGUGGCCAGUGAAAGCUCCAGGACUGGACUGUGCGGGGAGGAGAUGGCGUUUCCUGUACAGCCAGUAGAGUGCUUCAAUAUGAGCGGGACUCUUCCCGCUAACAUUACUUGCCUUCCCAGGAAACCAUACUGCGGGAAUAUAGUCUACAUUGGACUGGUGCUGGUGGCUUUGGGAGUUGGAGCAGUGAAGUCCAACAUCACUCCCUUUGGAGCAGAUCAGGUUAAGGAUCGUGGUCCUGAAGCAACGCGACGCUUCUUCAACUGGUUUUACUGGUGCAUUAACCUUGGGGCCAUCAUGUCUUUGGGGGUCAUCGCCUACAUCCAGCAAAAUAUGAACUUUUGGCUGGGUUACAUCAUCCCUGCCGUGUGCCUGGGUGUGUCCCUGCUGGUCUUCCUGCUGGGACGCACCGUCUUCAUCACCAAACCUGCGGAUGGCAGCGCCUUCACCGACAUGUUUAAGAUUGUGGGCUCGGCCUGCUGUGGGGGACCCAGCGAACCUCACCUGCUUAGGCCCAAACCCAGCCUGCUUGAUGGUGCGAAGGUGACGUAUGGAGGGAAAUUCCCAGAGGAGAAAGUGGAUGAAGUGAAAUCUUUAAUGAAGAUCCUGCCCGUCUUUCUGGCCCUCAUUCCAUACUGGACUGUCUACUUUCAGAUGCAGACCACGUAUUACCUACAGAGUCUUCACCUGAGAAUCCCUGGAUCCGAAGCUAAUGUUACAGACUCUCAAACGAUGCGGUUUAAGUUCCCAGCAGCCUGGCUGACGAUGUUUGACGCUGUGCUGAUCCUGAUGCUGAUCCCGCUGAAGGAUAAACUUGUGGACCCCAUACUGAGGCGCAGGGGGCUGCUGCCCUCCUCUCUGAAGAGGAUCGCCGUCGGCAUGUUCUUCGUCAUGUGCUCAGCUGUCGCUGCGGGUAUUCUGGAGACGAAGCGAUUGGAGAUAGUUAAUUCUCCUCAUGGGGUGAUCAGUCAGGUUCUGGGGGGAGUGACGUAUUACGCUGCUGAUCUCCCCAUAUGGUGGCAGAUUCCUCAGUACGUCCUCAUCGGCAUCAGCGAAAUCUUCGCCAGCAUUGCAGGUCUGGAGUUUGCGUACUCUGCGGCUCCCCGCUCCAUGCAGAGCGCUAUAAUGGGCCUUUUCUUCUUCUUCUCUGGAAUCGGUUCCUUUGUGGGAUCUGGCCUGCUCGCCUUCGUCUCUGUUAAAUUCAUCGGCUGGAUGUCCUCCCACAAAGACUUCGGUAACAUAAACGAGUGUAAGCUGAACUUCUAUUUCUUCCUCCUCGCUGGAAUCCAGGGCGUCACACUCCUCCUCUUCCUCAUCGUGUCAGUGAAGUACGACAAGCAGAGACAACGAGUCGGCAGCCAUCGGCCUUCACUGUCACACUCAUGACACGUACACACACACACACACAGAGGAUAUAUGCCCCUCAGAAAACCCGGCAGUCUUCUAAACCACUAAACGCACUCAGGCUGCAUGAUGUGGACUAACUGCUCAUAUCGUCAUUGUGAUGCACCUUCAGCUGAGAUUAACACAGUGAACAGCAGUGAAUCAGUUAUCUGAUCAUAUGAUAUUUUAUACUCAUGAUAAUUGGCUUUUGUCUUGAUAUAUAAACAACAAACCAACAUCAGAACACACAAAGACACUGCUCUAUACAGUUGCUGUGAAUUUUUUUGACCACUCAGUUUAGCAUAUUUUGCAUAUUAAAGACUUCUAGUGAAGUCCAGUAUCACAAUGACGAUAACAUAUAAAUUAAGGAUAUAUUGUGCAGCUCUACAAACACACACCUACACACACACACAAACACACACACACACAUUUGCAACACCACUCUGAUAUUAGCAUGCCUCGGCAGGGCUUAGUUUGUGCCAAAUGAGGUUCCUGUGUGAUAUUUGGCUUUAUUUAUAUGUUUUCUUUCAUUUUUUGUUUUUUUGCUUGACCUGAAACUGACCCCUGUCAUUACUUGAAGUGUGUGCAGUGUGCGGUUAUAUAACGAGUAUUUAUCAGUGGGUUAACUGGAGCUCUGUGUUUUUUAUUUUUAUAACGAAGGCCAUUGAAUUUAAUGCUUUAUAUAUACAGCUCUCAAAUAAUGCAAAGAAAAGUUCAUAUUCAUAAAGUUUUAAGAGUUCAGAAAUCAAUAUUUGGUGGAAUAACCCAGGAUUUUAAUUCCAGUUUUCAUGCAUCUUGGCAUUUUCCCCUCCACCAGUCUUACACACUGCUUUUGGAUAACUUUAUGCCACUCCUGGUGCAAAAAUUCAAGCAGUUCAGCUUGGUUUGGUGGCUUAUGAUCAUCCAUCUUCCUCUUGAUUAUAUUUCAGAGGUUUUCAUUUGGUAAAAAUCAAAUAAACUAUUAAGGGGUCUCUUAUUUUUUCCAGAGCUGUAUAUAUAUAUAUAUAUAUAUAUAUAUAUAUAUAUUUACAGUAUAUACUUUAAUAUCAGUAUCUUAAUGGUCAGUGUGUGUGUGUUAGGAGUCAGAAGGUUAAAAGAAUUCCUUGUUGCAUUAGCAGGUUAAUAUUUUCAGGUAAAGAUUUUUAAGUGGCGUGAGUGGAACUUUUAUCUACACAGAACUUUAUAUUUUAAGUGUUAACACGUUCCCAAAUUUGAUUGGCGAUUGGUGUAAAAAGUGGAAUUUUAAGACAUUUAUAGACGUUUCGAUAUAGUGACAUUAUGUUCGGAGCAUUUUAAUGUUUUAAAUGUUUUAAUUUGUUUAGUUUCUGACAGUCCAAAUGUGUCUCUGUAGUGCAGAGUAUUGCAAACUAAAGAGAAAGUGUAUUAUUUACUGGAUUGUUAUGCUGGUGGUGAUUCUGCUUUACAGAUUUAUAUGAUUUAUAUCUUUAUUGAGUGCCUGACGGAAGUGCUGUGCUGAUUUAACUUAAGGCAGAUAUGUUUAUAAUUAAACUAUGUACAAUUUAAAUUGCUUAUUCAAUGGUUACUGCAAAAAAAAUAUUGAAUCCAUCCCUCAUAAAGUAACUGUAUUUUAAAAAAAAAGCAUUUUAAAACACUUUUUGACAUUAAUAAUCUUAUUACUGCAGUUAUCUGAUCAUAGUCUGAUUAAAUAGUCAUGCACACAGCAUACUCUGAUUUCUUAGAACAGUAAGGUCUAAACAAGAAAGCUGGACUUUAUCUCAGUAAUUGUAUUUCUCAGCCAGAGUAUUCUCUGAAUUUCUCAGUCUGUGCAUGCACUAAAACUGACCCUGGUACUUGAAAAUAUGCAAACAGCUGAUUUUACUUGAGAGAAAUAUGUUUAAAACUAGGUAAAAAUAAAGUAAUUGGUAACACUUUCUAUGAAUGUUAUCUCUAUAAGACUCAUAACACAUUAUAAUGCAUUCAUAAGGCAUUAUAAACAUGGCUAUACAUAUUUAUAAAAAUGUAUAAUUCACCAUAGCCAUGUUUAUUAUUCAUCAUGAACUGUGAUUAUAAUGCAUUAAUAGCUGUGUUUAUAACAUGUUAUACAUCAAUACCAAGAAACUCAGUCCCUGCUUGCAGACUUUAUUAUGACUAAAAAAAGCUUCCAACUUAUAAACGCAUUCCUGAAUAAUCAUAUAAAUAUAUUUUAAACCACUAAUAAAUUAUUCUUGCCUUGAACAUAAUAUUAAUUAUAGUCAAUUAUAAUGUAUUAUAACAGGUCUUUGUGCGCUCUAAGUAAAGUGCCAGACUUUCAUUGUGGGACUACAUUAUUAACGAUAUAUAUAUACACUAUUUUAACAUAUAUAUUAUAAGCUCAGCUUAUAAUGUAUUAUGAUCACAAGUCAUAAGGCUUUAUAAACACGUUUAUAAUGCCUUAUGAUUUCAUUAUAAUAUGUUAUGAAUGUGGUUAUGCAGUCUAAUAGAGAUGACAUUCAUAGAAAGUGUUACCAAAUAAUUCAAUCAGCGGUUACUGCAAAAAAAAUGGUAUUAAAAAAAUAUAUAUUUUUUGUUUAUAUUUGUAUUACUGCAGUUAUCUGAUCAUUCAAGUAGUCAUGCACACAGCAUAAUCAGAUUUUUCUAAGAAAAAAGUAAGGUUUAAAAAAGAGCUGGAUUUUAUCUUAAAAUUGUAUUUCUCAACCAGAGUAUUUUUGUAUUUUUUGGUCUGUGCAUGUGCGAAAACAGACCCUGGUACUGGAAAUAAGCAAAUACCAUUUAACACAGCACCCGAACUAGCAACAAAGAAUUAAAAAAAUAAAAAUAAAAAAUAAAGCUGUGGCAUGAUGUUUAGGUCUUUUUCUGUGAGUUUAUUGGCCGGUUGCAAAGCAAAAAUCCAAUUAUAGUUUGACUCUUGAGUUUUCCCAUUAUCUGAUUGUCCAAGUUCAUGUUAAUUUCAUGUAAGAAUUAGAUGUUCUGCAGUAAUUGGAUUAUCAAGUGCAUCUAAAUACAGUGUGAGCUCAAUUCGGUAUCAAAAUAAGAAGUUAUUCCUAGUAAUCCUAAGAAAUUUAGACACAAUAUAAAAAAAACAUAUAGAUGUCAGAAAGUGAAAUAAACAUUGAGAUACCCCUUUUUCUGUUUCUAUAGCGAUGAUUAUAUACCACUAUUUAAAUCAAAAUUAAAGUAUUGCUUAUACCAAAACCAAUCCGAUAUUUAUUUAUUGGCCUUUUUCUGCAGCACUCUGAGGGGAACCAUAUUUAUUGUUAAAUCUGCUUUUCUCUGUUAUUAAACUCAUUAUUUGUGAAAACUAUACUCUCAAUGAGCUCACAAAACAAAACGAACACAUCCAGACUCGCAUUCAAAAAGAACAAAAGCCUUGUACCUAUUUAUCUUUAGAACAUUAAGUAGCAGAAAGCCCUGAUGGAUUAUAUGCUGUGCACUGUUCUACUGUGCAGCGUGAAACCACAUUUCCAUUCUAUAUUUGUGAAGUGGCCACUAGGGGGCCUAAAGAAAGAGGCUGUUUCUACUGCUCUGUUUUAACAUAAACUGGAGUUCUUCAUUUAAGAUGAGUGUCUAAAAGUAGGCCAACAUGUGCACAGCUAUAACGUCACAUCACACACUGUGUGUGUCUAAGUGUGUGUGUGAGAGUAGUUUCUUACUGUUACAGGAUCAGAUCAGAUUCAUUCUGUUAUUACCUCCAGUAUUUUCCCCUGAAUUGAGCCUCAUAUCCGCAAACUAGCAGGAUGUAUAAUGGUUAGGUGUAGGAUUUUGGGAAAUGCUGGACGAGUUACUGAUGACAUUGACUUUAAUGGUAUUUUUUAAUGGUAAAAUUUCACUUCACAUAAACACAUCUCAUGACCAUCUUAUGUUUAUCAUAUUUCUUUAAGUUAUGUUUGUUUUCUCAUGGAUUGCACUUGUAUGGUUUGGCUGUGGAGCAUUUUUACACUUUGUAUGUAAAGUUUCUGCGUUUGACUUUUGAUUAACUUGUAUUUAGAAUUUGUGUUCAUUAUUUUACUGUAUUUUAACACAAACUUUAACCACUUUAUUUUUUCUGUUCAUGACUUGGCACUAACUGGGAUUGGGUUGUGGUACUAAUGUGGCUCUAGGAACAACAGCAUAAAACUGUAAAACUCUAAAGGGCUUUUAAUUAACCUAUUAUUAUCUGUUUCUGACAUUCUGAGAAGUUCAUAUCUUAAAUUAUUUAGUAUUUCAUUUAGAAUUUGAACAUAAAGCACACCAAAGUUUCAGAAUGUACCAUUUAUCCAUAGUCUCCAUAGUAUGUAGAGCUCAGAACAAAACAUCAUCACUGUCCAAUGAAAAACAUGCAUCUCCAAAACAGCAUCUUCACAGGAGAGAGAUAAAACCUUCUUUACUUCCAAUGAAAAUCAUUGUACAAAGAGUUUUUUUAUUACAAUUCCUAUUCAUCUGUUUGUUUAUUCAAAUUCUGUAGUAAACUGCUGUAGGCACUAUUAUCGGGAGAUAUCGGGUCAAAUCCCGGUCAUGCAGCUUGCCAUCCGCUAGUUUUCACCCUACUUGUGUUGUGGCAUCACCUAUGAUGUUGGGAUAUACAGCUAAAAAGGUGGGAUAAUUGGCCUAGCUAAAUUGUGAAGAAAGUGGAUUUUUUUUUUUUCUUUGGACAGCAUCGAUAUAUAGAAAAUAAAGCUUGCUGCUUUAAAAUCACCAUUCUUGUGAUGUCAUAAAAGCCAUAUUUAUAUAUUCUGGCCUACUCACCCUACAAAAGUUAGGCCCUGCCCAUUCACUCUAAAAUUACACGGACUGUGCUAUAAGAAGCCUAAAAACAAAUCAGUCAUAAAACAAAAUAGCCAAUCAGAACAAAGCUCACUGCAUUUAGUAAAUCUUAAAGGCACUGUAACACAAUUACUAAUGGCUUUAAAAGUGAGUUUAUCAUGGUUCCUCAGCCUACAGAUAUUUAGCCACACCCAAUCACACUGAAGUUACAAGCAGUGUUUCGCACAAAAUGUUUUUUUGAGGCAUAAAACAGAACAGCCAAUCACAAAAAAGCUCGUGAAAGAAGAUUUGAUGCAAAUUAAAGUGCUAAUUGAACCAUAUUUGCUGUAAAAGUGAGUUUAUUGCUUAUUUUGAUUAUUAAAGGAGCCAUAUUAUACAUUGAACUAUAAAACAUACUAUAAAAAGUUGCUUAAAUAACAGUUGUAAUCCAUUUUUAAACUUUCUUUAAUCUUUAAAAAAAAAUAACUGAUUGUUUUACUGAUUGAGUUACUCUGGCUUUUAUUUUGUAAAUAUAUGAAACUACAAGCAUUCUGAUUGGCUGUUCUGUAUAGUGCCUCAUUCAAAAAACAAAGGAGCGUUUAUAUCUUCAGUUUAGAUGGGCGGAGCUUGACUGAUUAUAUAAUUGGUGAGCAUAUUAAAGCAAAUGUUUAUUUGUUUUUUUGUGACAUCACAGAAACAGCUUAUUCAAAACUCUUAAUUUCUUCAUUCUUAAUGCCCAUAUAUGGGCAGAAUGUUCUGGGCAGUGGAUGGUACAUUUUGAAAACGAAGGAAAAUGUCAUUUAGAUUUUUGGAAAUAAUAGUAAAAAGUUUUACUAAUGACUAAAAAGGUACUAAUAACUAAUAAAAGGCUAUUUAAUACUUCGCAAUUUCAUCACUUUACACCAGUUAAAACCAGUUGUGUGGACAUGAAUGGGUUGAUUAAAUAGAGGACUAACUGAGAGAACAGCUGUUUGGCAUCAUCUUUACUGAUCUGUCUGCGCUUGUGUCCGAUCCCAUGGCUGUGUGUGUAUAUUAAUGAAUGAUUGGGAUUAGUAGUGCAGAAGAGCACAUGAGGAUGUUUAUCAUAUGAUUUUUAAUAUAAAACUUAACCAGCUUUUCUUUUGCCAGCAGCGUCACACUAAUCCAAACUCUGCUCUCCUGAGAUUUGACUAAACCUCCUCCUGUGCUGUGAUCUGUGAUCAGUGCCGGAUAUCUCUGAUGUUUCUUUUGUUCAUUUUGCUGAUCUAUACACGCUUCAGUGCUUAGCGUUUACAGGACCGCUAUCUGCAGGUCACUCUGCCUCCUCUCAGGUUGAUGCUGAAGACUCUGAGCUCAGAUCAGAUCAGCACUGACAGUCAACUGUGAAGACUGCUCCUCUAAAGGAUGAGCGAAGCCAUUACUGAGAUUACACAGCUUUGAUUUUACCUGAUAUGAAGAGUUUUAAAAUUCUGCUUUAUUUUCUUUUUUUUGUCUUUGCCUUUCUUUGUUUGAAAAAUGUUGACUUUGUGCUGAACCUGAGAAACUGUUCAUUAAAAAAAACUUUCUUAAA